AGUCUUCGACGUUCAAACUUCGAAGUCCAAGAGAGGAAGUCGUGCGCUAAUCUUCUGUUCGCACAUCUGCUCGAGCGACAAUGGAUCCUCGUCUAUGGCACAAAGUUGCUGCCAUCUCUGGAGUUGCAGCUCUUGGUCUUGGCACCUAUGGAUCCCAUGUUUUCAAACCUGAAAACCCAGUUUACAAAGAGGUUUGGCACACUGCAUCCCUCUACCACUUGGUUCACACGGCAGCUUUGGUUGCAGCUCCCGUCACCAAACACCCCAACAUUUUUGGAGGCCUUCUGACCGCUGGAAUUCUGGCUUUCUCGGGAACGUGUUAUGCUGUUGCAUAUCUUGAAGACCGAAAAUAUUCUACUUUGGCUCCCUUUGGAGGCUUCGCAUUUAUUGGUGCCUGGGCAAGCCUGCUUUUCUAGAUCAUUGAGCUUCCUCGAAACAGCAUCAAGGCUCACCUUAGCUGAAUACCUAGAAUCAGCAAAAUGCUUUGGUUAAGAGAUUGAAGAGAAACAAUUAAUGUAAGCUUUUUGUAUUUGGUUUGGGGUUGGACAGUUGCCAAUGGAUGCUUAAUCUGGUAGAUGCAUAUACGGUUGUUAUCUCGUGGAUA